GAGGGGCGGGGCAGGCGCGAGAGUAUGCCGGCGUCGGCGGACGCCUCAGAAACGAUUCCUGAGGCGGUCUCUGUGCUCGCGGCUGCUCCGGCCCCGGGAGUAGCCCCAGUCCAGCGGAGCUGCGGCGGGAGGGCGUCCCCAUCGGCUGCAGGAGCGCUCCAAGGGAGACCUGAAACUCACAAGACAUGUACUUCCUUGGACUGUUGUUUUUGCUGGUUUUGCAAAGUAAGGCCUUCAGCACAAAUUUUCCUGAUGAAACUAUUGCAGAGUUUUCAGUGAACAUUUAUAAACAGCUGCGGGCCACUGGGGAAGAUGAGAACAUUCUAUUCUCUCCUCUGAGCAUUGCAAUUGCCCUGGGGAUGGUGGAGCUUGGAGCUCAUGGGUCCACUUUGAAAGAAAUUCGACAUUCCCUGGGAUAUGACAGCUUGAAAAAUGGUGAAGAAUUGUCAUUCUUGAAGGACCUUUCUGAUAUGGCAACUACUGAGGAAAACCAGUAUGUGAUGACAAUUGCCAACUCCCUCUAUGUUCAGAAUGGAUUUCACAUCAGUGACAAAUUUUUGCAAUUGCUGAAAAAAUACUUUAAAGCUGAAGUAGAAAAUGUAGACUUUAGUCAAAGUGCAGCUGUAGCUAACCACAUCAAUAAGUGGGUUGAGAAUCAUACAAAUAACAUGAUCAAAGAUUUUGCCUCAUCAAGGGAUUUCAGUGCUCUAACUCAUUUGGCCCUCGUCAAUGCAAUCUACUUCAAGGGAAACUGGAAGUCGCAAUUCAGACCUGAAAACACAAGGACUUUCUCUUUCACUAAAGAUGAUGAAAGUGAAGUGCAGAUUCCAAUGAUGUACCAGCAGGGAGAAUUUUAUUAUGGGGAGUUCAGCGAUGGCUCCAAUGAAGCAGGCGGUAUCUAUCAAGUUCUGGAAAUACCAUACGAAGGCGAUGAGAUAAGUAUGAUGAUCGUUCUUUCCAGACAGGAAGUUCCACUAGUCACACUGGAGCCCUUGGUCAAAGCCCAGUUGAUUGAGGAAUGGGCUAACUCUGUGAAAAAACAAAAAGUGGAGGUAUAUCUACCAAGGUUCACAGCAGAACAGGAAGUUGAUCUGAAAGAUGUUUUGAAGGGUCUUGGAAUCACAGAAGUAUUCAGCAGAAAUGCUGAUCUCACUGCAAUGUCUGAUAGCGAAGAGCUUUACCUUGCUAAAGCAAUUCACAAGUCGUUCCUAGAAGUUAAUGAGGAAGGUGCCGAAGCUGCUGCUGCCUCAGGAAUGAUUGCCAUUAGUCGAAUGGCUGUGCUGUACCCCCAGGUUAUAGUCGAUCAUCCAUUUUUCUUUCUGGUCAGAAACAGGAGAACAGGUACUAUCUUGUUCAUGGGAAGAGUCAUGCACCCAGAAGCAAUGAAUACAAGUGGCCAUGACUUUGAAGAACUUUAAUAAUGCCACACACUAAAAAGGAGGGAAAUAAGCACACUGAGUUUAUAAUUGAUAUAUUUAAGGUUUGCUGUGUUUUACAAUGUACCUUAAGACACUGUUGAAAUACUUCCAUAUUUAACGUGGUUUAAAUUACAAGCCAAGUUUAUGGAGGAAAGCUUUCAGUAUUAAAAUAAUGGUUCUGUUGCUGUCAUUGUGAUUGCUGUGUCAGUCCUUAAAAUAAAAUUGUAUACAUGUCAACAGCUGUGUUUCUUAUUUUAGUGAAUUGUACUGCAAAAGUUUAAUUCGUAAGUACUAUAUUUGUUACACCUCAAAGCUAUCAUGAUCAGUAAGACUAGACUAGAAUGUCUACAGUUUUUUAAAUAUUACCAGUGGCAAAACUUGAUAAAUUAUUCAUCUGGUUUUAUUAAUUAUUUGAAAAAUGUAGUCUCUCUUGAAAUAUUUGCAAGCAGAAUGUAAUGUCUUGUAAUUCAUUCAUUAUUUGAAUGCUCUUAUGCAAAUCUUUUUAACUCUCUGGAUUGAUUGUGAACUGUUCUGAAAGUAAGUAUUUAGUAUUCACUGUGCUGGUUCGUUGUGAUGGUUCAGAUAAGACUUGUGGGGUGAAAUCCUGACCUCUUCGAUGUCGGUGUAAAACACCCACUGACUUCAGUGGGGCUAGGAGUUCGUGCGUGGUGACAUAUAAUCUGUUGGAUAACUGUGGUAGCCCUUCUUCUGUUAAGACUCCCACAUGUGAAUCUAAAAUGCUGUUUUUAUGAAUACUCCUGCAUGUGACUUUAAAAAUUCACUUUCCGUGAAUGCUGAUGCCAGUAAAACUCAAAUUGCAUGAAUGUUUGUGAAUAGUGAGCACAGAGCAUGACUGAACUGAAAUCAUUUACAUAGUCACAUAAAUAUUUGUGGAUAUUUUCCCGCCUCGCUCCUCCCCCACCCCAAUGUUUGCCUGGCUCUACUCACUAAUUCUAUCUCCACAGCUCUCUCACAGUAGUGAGCAACAAGAGCAUGUCUACAAAAAAGGCUCUUUCAGAUAAUCCUAAAAUGUGUGAAAAUGAUGUUCAGUUUGUGAAAUAAAUGUCUAAUGAAAUCUAA